CACACAGUUGGCGUGAUGUUUAUAUGUGUUCAUGUCCUUUCUCCCCCAGGUCAUGGGGGUCUUAAUCAACUAGGUGGCAUGUUUGUGAACGGACGCCCGCUUCCGGAGGUCAUCCGGCAGAGAAUCGUGGACAUGGCACACCAGGGAGUGAGACCCUGCGACAUCUCCCGCCAGCUGAGGGUCAGCCACGGCUGCGUCAGCAAGAUCCUGGGCAGGUACUAUGAGACAGGCAGUAUUAAACCAGGAGUCAUCGGAGGCUCCAAGCCGAAGGUGGCGACUCCUAAAGUGGUAGAGAAGAUAGCGGAGUACAAGCGGCAGAACCCUACCAUGUUUGCCUGGGAGAUCCGAGACCGGCUGCUGGCCGAAGGCGUUUGUGACGGAGACACCGUGCCCAGCGUCAGCUCCAUCAACAGAAUUAUUCGCACAAAAGUUCAACAACCAUUCAACCUUCCUCUGGACAGCAAAGGCCUCAGUCCUGGACAUACGCUGAUUCCCAGUUCGACUGUCACUCCUCCAGAAUCUCCUCAGUCGGACUCUCUGGGCUCAACUUACUCCAUCAGCGGCCUGCUGGGAAUCCCUCAGACCAGCGGCGAGGGCAAGAGGAGCCACGACGACAGUGAUCAGGAGAGCUGUCGGCACAGUGUGGACUCUCAGGGCAGCGGAGGGCCCCGGAAACAGCUGAGGACCGAACACUUCCCGUCCCAGCACCUGGACUGUGGCUUCGAGCGGCACCACUACAGCUCCGACAGCUUCGGCCCGACUACGGCCGGGAAAACAGAGCAGGCGCUUUAUCCUCUCUCGCUCAUCAACGGCAGCCUGGACGAAGGUAAAGGAGCGUCAGCGGUCAGUCGGAACUUGGCGGCUCAUCAAGGAUAUGCAGUGGUCGCAGAAGCUCUACAGCCCCUCCCACUCUGUCUGAAACAGGAAAUGUCACCCGAGGUGAACGGUUCAAGCCCCUCCCCCAACAUCAUCACUAAUGCAGCUUUCCUGGAGCUCACCUCAUCAUCAGCACCCAUUUCUAGCAGUUGCAGCAACGCCACCCACUUAUCUCAUGGCUUCAACUCAUUUUCCCAUCAUGCCCCAGUGCACGGCCAGUUCGGCAGCCCGCCGCUCAUCGCAGGCAGAGACGUGGCGAGCUCAAUGCUGCCCGGUUAUCCUCCACACAUCCCCUCAGCGGCGCAGACCGGCUUCUCCUCGUCCACCAUCACUGGGAUGGUCGCAGGUCCAGAAUACACAGGCCAGACCUACAGCCACGCGCCCUACACGUCCUACAGCGACGCCUGGAGAUUCACCAACUCCAGCAUAUUAGGUUCCCCGUACUACUACAGCUCCGCUGCCCGCGCGCCGCCGCCCUCCGCCGCCGCUUACGAUCACCUCUAGUACCGGAGAACCCGAGAACCCGAGAACCCGAGAACUUUCUGUUUUUACUAAGGAGCGUCCAGUGAAAGACACAAGGAGUAAAGAAAAACGAAAACAUAUUGACGGACGAUACCUUUUAUUGCCUGUAAAACUAUUUAUGUCCUUUGUUCAGGGCCCGAUUAAAGGGCAUUUACAGCCUCACGUUUACAUCUUUAUUUCGCCAUUUCUUUCUCUGCAGCCAAAGACAUUCCUGCAAACUCUUUUCAUAUCUUCACGGCCGGACACGAACGAUGUUUUUAUCAGCUGGAUCUGAAGUGUAGCUACACGAUUUACAAAUACUACCAAAACUGAUAACUAUAUCCACACAACUGAACAAAUAACUAUAGCUGUUGAAAGGUUAUGAAGGAUAAAAAACUCCCUUAUUUCACUGCUUGGGGAAAGGAGCAAUGAUCAUUUUGCUUUUAUUGAGUUUGCAUUCGAUCUGAAUGAAUUGUUUCAUCUCCAUUCAUAUGACAGAUAAUUAAAGGCAAUAAAAAUAAGACGUUAUCUGUAACAGAUCUCUCCUCAAUCGUCCAACAAAACAAUGUAAACUAAAGUACUACCAAACCAUUCAGAAACAGCAUAUUCAUCCCCAAACAUUACAGCAGUUUGAUAUUUUGAGGAAAUGUGUAAAUAAUAUAGAAAAGGCAAACCCCUAUUAAAAUGAAAUUCAUUUAUAUUCUACAUGAUUAUUAGGGCUAAACCGUGUGGGAAAUCAUUCGUUUUAAAAUGUUUAUAUUCUCGCUUCUAUUUUUUCCAGCUUCUUAUCAUGCUUAUAUUUCUGUGAUUAAACGAGUUUUGAGUUUCAGAGAUUACGUUUUAUUGUACUGUUAAUUAUAUUAUUCAAAUGUAAAUUAAUAAUUUCUACAGAAUUAUUUUGAAUUAAAUAAAGCAUGACAAACUACGAGCGUGUGUUUUUCUCUUUUGCCUCUGUCUUGUAUAAAAAGCGAAAUGAUAUUCUCCUUAUUGUCAGAAAGCACGAGCUGGGCUGAUUAUUCUUAGAUAUAGAACAAACUUGUAUAUAGGCCUAAUUACAUAGGCUGCUAGGCUAGGGUAGUUGACGCUGAUGAUUAUGGUGUUUUUACUAUUUUCCUGUUGAAAACCAUCAUUUAUUAUGUUGCAUAUUUUUCGCCAGUCAGCGAUUUAACCGAACACAUGAAAGGGACGAAAGCAAUGAUCCUGAAAACAUGCGCAUCUGUUUAAUUUCCUUUUUUAUUUUCUGCAUCACGUACUUUUAUUUGCAAUUAUUUCUCGCCUCUUUGUGGCCUCAUUAUAAUGGCUCUUUAACGAGGCCACGGUUCGCCGGUGCCGCGGCCCACCUGGAUCCCGUGAUGAAUGAGCGCGAACCGAGAGGAUCCUGAGCGCCGCAGACCCGCGAUAUUCACUCGCUUUCGAAUGAGUUCUGGAUGUAUGGGCGAGCGGGGAGUGUUUAUAACAUCACUUUAACAUUGGGAAAGUACAGCUAUAAAAGCGCGCGCGAGCAUCACCUGCCUCGCGUGACCGCGCUCUGUCGCUUCUGGUUUAAGCAGCCAAAGUUUUCAUCUCAAGUUGGAAACACAAAAAUAGACCAACAAUUUACCACCGGUGGGACAGUAGCGCCUUUUUUAUUGGCUUAAGUUCGAAUUAAACCAUUUCCUAUUUUAAAUAAGAGGGUGCACUAUAAAGGAGAACUGGUAUUUAUGCCAAAAUAAAUAUAGCCUACAAGUAGUGUACAUUUUAUAAGACCUAGUACGACGAUUGUAAAAAAAAAAUGCGCUCGCACUAGGAUAAUAUGAGACUAUAAAUAUCACUCUACCUUUAUUAUAACGCUUUUAACAAUACCGAUUGUGUCAAAGCACUAAACACUAUCCAUUUUGGAGACUAGAGGGUGAGUUAUGUAUAAUAACAAGAUUAAACGCUCAAUUUUCAGCUAAAAGCAUUUCAUUAUUGAACGCGGAGAUCGCUGUCUUGAUCAGCUCAGUUUCAAUAAGAUCUUUGUAAUUAAAUCGACGACAAUCACUAAAAGUCAAUUGUCCCCAGAAACUCCUUCUGUAACAGAACUUGGGAGAAACCCGACUGAGUUGGUCUCGGUUCUCUUCUGACCGGAAGACCAGAUCUUCAUUUCCUGAGUCAGAUAGAGUCCUGUAUCACAGACACACACUCAUCCGAACGGACUCGU